AGUUGCAAUCCAGCUGUCGUCUUCAAACCAUCGAACUCUGAAAUGUACAGAACAGUCCUGUUGUGUCUCUGUGUAGGACUUAUAUAUUUUUACAAAGUGAAAUGUGACUUGGUAAAAAGAGAAAAUAUGCAACAGGAUGCAAAACAUUGCUGUUAUCGGACACUUGACGAUGCAAUGAAUGAAAUUGAAGACCUUGCUGGGAAAUUAGAUAAACUCAGAAAUAAAUCUUAUGGAUGCAAAGGAAAUACCCCAGAACAUCCUACUGCAUUUACAGCAUUAUCUACAUUUUCAAGUGGACUUCCAAAUGGCCCAAUUCCGUUUGACAAAGUAAUUGCCAAUGUCGGCAAUUCUUAUAACCAAAGCACAGGAAAAUUCACAGCACCUGUAUCUGGACUUUACAGUAUAUCCGUCUCUAUCAUGGGUCUUCAUGGAAACUCAAUACAUGUUAACAUCCGUAAGAAUGGCCAGGAACUUGCAAGACUUUGGACACAUGGGGGAGGUAGAGGCGAAGUAGCAUCUCAUACUCUAAAUCUUCCACUCAAAAGGGGAGACCAGAUGUGGGCCAGUGGAACUCCCGGGCGUAAAAUAUACACAGGAGAGCCUUAUAACGUAUUUUCAGGAAUAUUGAUUGCAAGUGGAAAAUUCAAUUAAACAUACAUAGAUCAAUAGAAUUGUCUUUCAGUUUCUCUUCAUUAUGACUAUUAUGUCCAAAUUUCCUUCAGUUUGUUUUAUCUCUCUUGAACUUAACAGGAAUAAUACAUCAAAAUGCCUUUUUAAAAUAUUCAUUUUGUCGGAUUAAACAGCUGAUUGAACAAAACUUCAUUAACAGCAACUCGUGUUUCUGAAAUGACGUUGAUCGGGAACACCUGACGCCAAAACAGUUUCUACUGUAAUUGAAAAAUAAACUGUCAUAAAUCGAGGUUCAGGUUGUUUUUUUUUAUUUUUAUUUCAGUUUUAGUUUUAACUCCGGCAUUUAUUUAUUGUUGCACUAAAACUUUUUGAAUUGGAACAUUUUGAUAUACAUUUUUUCUUUUCAAUAUCAGUUUACUAUUUAUGUAUACACUUUCCUUUUUCUUUUCCUGCGGACAUAGUAACACAUGUAGACAUAUUGAAGAUGAAUAAAUUUAUCGUUAACCCUAUAUAUACAAACAAUUCUAAUAUACCAGAAAUGACAAAUCAACACGCAUGUAUACACCGACUUUCUUUCCACUUUUGUUUAAAAGUUUAAAGCAAUAUUAUGCACUUAUAACACAAGUCUUAUAACCUGUAAGCGUACACUAAUUUAUAAUUUUGCCUAAACUACGUAGGCAACGGACGGAAGCAAAUUUAUGAACAGCUAAGAUGUGAAAACUGUGUUUAUAUAACUUAUAAGCCAAAGUGUUACUUUUGAUUUUAGAUUUUGAAGUGACAAUAAUAUUUGUGAUUUAUGUUAGACAGUCAGAUCAAUGGCAUCUCGAUAUAACUUAUUUUAGAUUAAGGGAUUUCAAAUGAAUGUUUUUAGGAAAUUCGAAAGCAGAGCAAACUUUCAGAUAACAAUAAUUAUAUAUAUAUUUUCAGCAUGAAAUGUCACAUUAUCGUUUUCUUUAUAUAUUCAUGUUCAUAAUAAAGACUUUAUUUUGAUCCCAA